AUGGCCUUGCCAGAAAAACGCAUCUUUCGCGGUAUCCCUUAUGUCACUGGCGCCGCCUCUGCCACGUUGUUAGCAGCUGACCUUGAACUUAGUUUCUGGGGCGGUGUUGAUCCAAGGACAGGCGAGAUCAUCGAUAGGUUCCAUCCGCUGAGCGGUCGUUUUCUGAGAGAUACUAUCUUGGCAAUACCUGGAGGUAGAGGAUCAUGCGGCGGCAGCGUCAUUAUGAUGGAGCUCAUCCUAAAUGGCUUAGGCCCUAAAGCGUUGAUUUUUGAGCGUCGCGAGGAGAUCAUCACCCUAGGAGUUAUGGUUGCCGAAGAAUUCUUUGGCAAGACGGCCGCCGUUGUAACGCUGACCCCAGAGGACUUCCGUGAUACUCUAGGCUGGGAUGGGAAGACCGUUCACAUCCGGGGUGAGCUAGUCUCGGAUGCCCCGUUGAAGGCCGACUCUGCCAAUGGAUCUGCGAAGCAUGCCGUUGACCACAACAAGAUUGAUGUCCAACUUACUGAUGCCGACCGGGCGGUGCUGGACGGAGCUAGUGGCAAAGCCGCUAUGAUCUCGCUGAAAAUCAUUAUUCGAAUGGCGCAAAUGAUGGGAGCCCAAGAGCUGAUGGAUGUCAGCCAAGCCCACGUAGAUGGCGCCUGGUAUGGGCCCGGCUCUAUUGCUUUUGGUCAGAGACUUCGUGACUGGGACGGCAAGUUCCAAGUUUCUACGACUAUCAACGCGCUGAAUGUCGACCAAAAACGUUGGCGGGUCCUCGGAAUCAAUGCAGACUUUGGAUCAGCCUGUGACGAACUGGCGAAGGCUUUUGUCGACAUGGGUGGCAAGAUUUCAUUCACCUGCGCCCCGUAUUUACUGGAAAAUGCCCCUAGACUAGGUGAUCCAAUCGCCUGGGGAGAGUCCAACGCUGUUAUCUAUGCAAACAGUGUGCUUGGUGCGAGAACACUAAAGAACCCCAAUAUGUUUGAGACUCUAAUUGCCUUGACUGGCCGCGCGCCAAAGGCAGGGGUCUAUGUUGAUGAGAAUCGCUUCGCGUCUAUCUGGUUUAGAGUAACACCUGCCGACGGGGCCGACGACUCAUUCUGGCCUAUCUUAGGCUACGCUCUUGGUGCUAUUGCAACCACUCACAUUCCGGUCAUCACUGGAUUGGAACACCUAAAGCCAAGCAAUGACGACUUCAAGGCGUUCUCAGCAGCAUUUGCUACAUCUUCUAGCGCCCCUAUGUUCCACAUGGUCAACUUAACUCCAGAGGCUCCCACCGUCGAGGCUGUGUGCGCCAAUGGUAUAAUUCCCAAAGCUAUUGAUGUGGACUCCAAAGAUCUAUACGCUAUCUGGGACGAGUUCAAUUACGGCUCUGAGCCCCGAGAAAUUGACCUUGUCUCGCUUGGCAACCCGCACUUCUCUUGCCGGGAGAUCAAAGAGGUAGCGAGACUGUGCCAGGGAAAAACUAAGAAAGAUGAUGUCUCCGUGAUAGUUACCUGCGGUCGGGCUCAGUAUGGCCUUGCCUCGCAAGCGGGCUAUGUUGGGGAGCUUGAGAAGUUCGGAGUCCAGUUCUUACAAGACACUUGCUGGUGCUCUAUCGAGGAACCGGUUAUUCCGAAAAAUACUCGGACGAUCAUGACUAAUUCUGGCAAGUAUAUUCACUAUGGGCCUGGACUAACGGGCAGGCAAUUUGCCUUCGGCAGUUUGGAAAUGUGCGUCGAUGCUGCGUGUACUGGGAAGACUACUGGGGACCCGCCGUCGUGGUUGCAGGGUGUUCGAUCAACUUAG